AGUGCCGAUGGAUGCCGGCCGCUUUGAAGCUGCAAAACGAACAACUUGCUCUUGUGUAGAAGAAAACGCGCGGUCGUCCGUUGGUCAUUUAUACACGAGGAGAAAUAAAGUAAUUCGCUCGGCAAAAUGGCGACUACCAUUAAUGGAGUGUUCCGUGAGGAAUUGCGCGAUGCAAUUUUACGCAGCAAAGUGCUCGUCGUGGGUGCCGGUGGCAUCGGCUGCGAGAUCCUGAAGAAUCUGGUUAUGUCUGGAUUCGCCGACAUCGAAAUCAUCGAUCUAGACACAAUCGAUGUGAGCAAUUUGAACAGACAAUUUCUAUUCCAAAAGAAACAUGUAGGGAAGUCGAAAGCUAGUGUAGCGUGUGAAACGGCACUGACGUUCAAUCCAGAUGCUAAAGUGGCCUGUUACCAUGACAGUAUUACGUCACCAGACUUUGGCUUAUCCUUUUUUAAGAGAUUCACAGUGGUUUUGAAUGCUCUCGAUAACAGAGCAGCCAGGAAUCACGUGAACCGUAUGUGCUUAGCCGCGGAUAUACCAUUAAUUGAAUCCGGUACUGCAGGUUAUGAAGGCCAGGUUGAACUUAUCAAAAAAGGUCUGAGUCAGUGUUACGAGUGCACACCUAAGGCUGCACAGAAAACUUAUCCUGGCUGUACUAUUCGCAAUACACCCAGCGAACCCAUUCACUGUAUAGUGUGGGCUAAGCAUCUUUUCAAUCAAUUAUUCGGAGAAGAAGAUCCUGACGAGGAUGUUUCCCCAGAUACAGCGGAUCCUGAAGCAGCUGAUACGGCAGGCAAGGCGGCUUUACAGGCGGAAUCGAACGACAAGGGCAACAUCGAUAGAAUUUCUACACGAGUUUGGGCGCAGUCUUGCAACUACGAUCCAGAAAAACUAUUUACCAAGUUGUUUCACGAUGAUAUCAAAUAUUUGCUAAGCAUGGAUAACCUAUGGAAGAAGCGUAGACCACCAACGCCGUUAAAUUGGAAGGAGCUGCCAGAUGGAGUUGCCGGUUGCAGUAAGGACAUCAUGCAGGCAGGUUUGAAGGACCAACAACGCUGGAGUGUUUCUCGUUGCGGCGCAAUCUUCGCGGAUUCGGUGAAAAGUUUGAGUCAGGCGUUAAAAACUUCGCAGGAAAAAUCACCGGGUAAUCAUCUGAUCUGGGACAAGGACGAUCAGCACGCCAUGGAUUUCGUCGCGGCAUGCGCCAACAUUCGCGCGCAUAUUUUCGGGAUCGCUCAGAAAACUAGAUUCGACAUCAAAUCGAUGGCGGGAAACAUCAUACCGGCGAUUGCUACCACCAACGCCAUAAUUGCGGGGUUGGUGGUCCUUCACGCCUUCCGGGUUCUGGAGAACAAUUUGCGAGCCUGCAGAUCUGUCUAUUUGCGCUUGAAAAUGAACCAUCGCAACCAGCUGUUAGUGCCGGAGAAAGCGGUAAAUCCGCCCAACCCUCAGUGCUAUGUCUGUGCACCCACCCCGUCUGCCGUGUUAGCGGUCGAUACUUCCGCUAUGACCAUUAAAGAAUUGGAAGAGUUGGUACUGAAAAAUCGACUUAAUAUGAUCGCCCCGGACGUCAUGAUCGACGUUACCGGUGCUGUGGUUAUCAGCAGCGAAGAGGGCGAGACGGAGGAGAACAACGACAAGAGAUUAGAAGAGUUGGGCAUUAAAAACGGAGCGAUUCUCAAGGUCGACGACUUUCAGCAGAAUUACUCGUUGACCGUCUAUGUGGUUUACAGAGAGAAACCUGGCCCGAAGGACGAUAGUCCGCCAUUUUUGAUACUGUCUGAUAAGAACGCGCUCGAGCCGAAGCCUCUGGAAAAGGAUGAAGAUAUGGAAGUUGAGAAACCUUCUAAUGGCCAGGCGAUCGAGGUGUUGGAUGCGAAGAAACGCAAGAAUGAUGCGGUUGAUGACGGAGUGUCGGUGAAGAAACGUAAGGUGGAAGUUAACGACGCGGAUGACGGCGACGACAUUUGCAUUAUCGAGAAUAACGAUGUAUACCACGAUAAUACCGCAUCCAAACUGAAAAAGUCGACGCCGAAGAAAAUGAAGUCUUCCGAAGAUCUGGAUUGCUUGAUAGUGCUCGACGAUAAAAAUAGUGAUUAAUCUUGAGAACAAGAGAUAAAUACAUUUUCAUUAAUAAAGAAAGAUGAAGACCGUGA